AACAGUCACGUGUUUCUGUCUCAGACGUGAGGGGAUGCUGACAGAAGAAGUUUUGAUCACAUUAAAUCUGAUAAAAACAGUUUGUCGUAACUGCUGAGGCGGAGGAGGAGGAGGAGGGCGCCCGGAAAAGAGUCCUCUGAACUGGGAUCAAAGAAGGCAAUCAACACCUGUGACAAGUAGCAGGAAAAGGUGAGAAGAGGAGGAGGCAUGCUCGGCGGAGAAGGAGACAGCAGCAACAGCUUCUCCUCCAAAGACGCGGCGGAGGAAAGGUGCAAGUCUCCCGCUGUGGAUGGAGACGAUCCGGCCUCAGGCGGCCGUUACGCAGAGCACGCGAUGGCCACCGACCGCUACUACAUCCCACCCAGUGUUUGCAAGCAAGCCCCGGACCCGGUGAGCCCGUGUCCGUUCAUCCCCUACACUCCCAGCGGCUCGGUUUACCCGCCGUCCAGCGCAGGCAGGUACGCGUCUUCUCUCCACCUGGGCUCCGUGUUGCCUCCCUCUGGGUUUUCUCCCUCCGCUGCCUCCCGGACGCACUUCAGUCCGCCAGCCUACCAGCUGGGACAGAGCCACGGCUGCAUCUGUCCGUCCUACACCGGCUCAGGCUCCGGGCUGAGCGGCAUGGCGCUGCCCGGUGCCGCCAGCGCCGUUGCCGCCGGUCCGGGCGUCAGGGCCCAGGUUUACCUGUGCAACCGACCCCUGUGGGUCAAGUUUCACCGACACCAGACAGAGAUGAUCAUCACCAAGCAGGGCAGGCGGAUGUUCCCGUUUCUCAGCUUUAACAUCGCGGGGAUGAACAUGACCGCGCACUACAACGUGUUCGUGGAGGUGGUUCUGGCCGAUCCAAACCACUGGAGAUUUCAAGGAGGCAAAUGGGUCACCUGUGGAAAAGCGGACAACAGCAGUCAAGGGAAUAAGGUGUACAUCCAUCCCGAGUCUCCCAAUACAGGAGCCCACUGGAUGAGACAAGAAAUCUCCUUCAGCAAACUGAAACUCACAAAUAACAAAGGAACAAACCACAGUACGUCACAGAUGAUUGUUCUGCAGUCGCUGCAUAAGUACCAGCCUCGGUUGCACAUAGUGGAGGUGAUGGAGGAUGGGGUGGAGGAUGUCGGCGGUGAUACGAAGAGUCAGAGCUUCACCUUUGCAGAGACCCAGUUCAUAGCCGUCACUGCCUACCAGAACACUGACAUUACACAGCUGAAAAUUGAUCACAACCCUUUUGCCAAAGGAUUCAGAGAUAAUUACGAUUCGAUGUACACCGCUCCAGAGAAUGACCGCCUCACCCCUUCUCCAACCAAAUCGCCCCGUGCCCACCAGAUAGUCCCCAGCACCCACUACACCAUGCAACCCCUCUUCCAGGACCAGUUUGUCAGCAACCUUCCACAGAACCACUUCUACAACAAGGAGCGAGCGGUACCGCAGACCAACGGCCUCCUCUCCCCUCAGACGGAUGAUGGUUCCUCACAGAGGUGGUUCAUCACCUCCAUGCAACAAGGGGCCAACGCCGGCGGCACAAGCAACAAGUUAGACCUGACGCCGUACGAGGGGGACUACUCAAGCUCUCUGCUUCCGUAUGGUAUCAAAUCGUUGUCCAUGCAGACAUCCCAUGCUCUCAGCUACUACCCAGACUCUCCUUUCAGCACCAUGGCGGCAGGGUGGGGGUCCAGAGCCGCGUAUCAGAGGAAGAUCACUCCCAGCCUGCCUUGGUCCCCCAAGCCCAGUCCCACCACAGCUUUCCCAGAAGAUUCAGACAAGGACAAGCCACAGCUGGAAGAGGAGUUGAGCAGCAGUGGAGGUUUAAUCUCCGCCUGGACAGAGCAGCAGCCAUCAGCUCUCUCUCUAGAGAAGAGCAAUUCUUAUUCUACCACCUGCAAGCGGCGGCGUUUGUCCCUGAACGGUCCGAGCACAGAGGACUCACCAGGUGACGUUAAAUGUGAGGACUUGGCUUCUGCGGCCACCGCCAGCAACAACACCUACAGCAAAGAAGCCCCUUCAUCCAAAAGCAUGGCAGCUUAUUAUUCCUUUUACACAAAUCCUUGAAAAUUUUCUCAGUUUGUUAAUAAUAU